AUGAGUAUCCCGCAUAAUCGAAGAUUUGACAAUCGGAAUGGUGUAGGUGUCACAAAAUGCUUAGCUCUGAUUCUGUCAGCGAUGGCUAUGAUUGGUUCUAUUGGAAUUAUCGGAUUUGGUAUAAUGACUAUUGUAGAAAUAAGUUACUCCGCAGUAGCCAUCGGGACGUAUGAUAUUAUCUAUGGUCCUGCACUGAUAGUUAUAAUUGGGAUUCUGGGUUUCUGUCUAACUCCGAUCGGAUUUUAUUCAAUUAUAAUUAACGAUUCAAAACUAAUGGUGAUAAACAUGUUUGGCACAUUCUUCAUUGCAUUAUUGUGUAUAAUUGCCGCUGUAAUUGGAUACAAUUUGAACAAUUAUGCAAACGACGGAAGGUUGGAGAAUUAUAUGAAUAAUUCACUGCACAUUGAAUAUGGCCAUCCUGAUGGAACCCACAUCCAAGAAGCUUGGGACAAGCUUCAGCAGCAGUUCAAAUGUUGUGGAACUAAAAAUAUGGAAGAUUGGGUGUUCAGUCGGUGGUAUAUAAUGCAACGACGAUACCCAAGACAACGAAUACCAGAAAGCUGUUGUGCUAGUUGUUCUGCAAUGCACGACAAAUACUGCUACUCAUUUUUCACAAUGCCCAUUGAAGCUGCUUCGAGCCCAACGUUCGACCAAAAAAUGUGUCUUAAAGCUAGCGAUCGAUGCAAUUCAGCAGAUUCUUCAAUUGCUAAUCGCGAAAUCUGUCUAGCACUCUAA